CCACACUCCACAACCAGUUAAACAACGACAAAUACAAGUUGACUCUCGCAUGAAUCACAUCUGCGUCCUUCGGUUCGGCAUAAAUUGUUGUUAUGAUUUUAUGAUUUGAUUUUAAUUUUGCUUUUCGGAGUUUUCUUAUUUUUUUUAUUAUUAAUUCUUGUGUUUCAUUGUGUGCUUUAAAGAAGUGUAAUUACGGGAAAAGACAUCAAAGAUUUUACGUUAAAUGGGAAUAGUGUAAUCGGUUAAGAAGGUAAAUUAAAAUUAUCCGUGUGAUUGUGAAUAAAAUCUUCGAGCUUGAUUCGACGAUUACACAGAUGAAUUUUGAAUGUUAUGUGUUCACAUCCGACGUGUUAAUUAAAGUUGUCUAUAGGUGGAAAAAAGUGACCGCAAAAGUGAAAUCAUACCGAUACACAGAGUGAGUGAAUGAGGAAAAAUUUGUGUUCAAACAACCAGGAAUGUUAUGCAAACAUUAAAAAAUUUGAAAAGUAAAAAAAGAGGAAAAAAACCCAACGAGUGAACAUAAAUGUUCUUAACAUUGAAAUAAAUUUGCUUUUUUCAUACGUGCGGUCAGUUCAUGGUUCAGACUAAAACACUGAAUGCACUUCCACACCGUAAAUGAAAAAGAGUGUUGUGUUCAAAGCAUAGAGAGGUCAGAUUUAUUAGCGAUUUUUUUUUGAUCAUUGAUAUUGUGAUAUUGUUUGUUAUUCACGUUUGUUCAAAUAAUAACCGAUGCGGAUGAGGAUUUACAAUUAUAUGGCAUUCGUUUCAGUAGAACCCUACAUUCAACCUUACUUUGGAUAUGAGUAUUAAGAUGUCAGCUGGUCUGAUGUCUUGUGUACGAGAAAAUUCACCACCCUUGGAAAUGGGGGAACCAGUUGCUAUAGCAUCACCACCGCCAGACACACCAGAAACACAAAAGCGUCGACGCUUCCAUCCGCUUCGAAAUUUACGCAAAAUAUUUCGCCGACGAUCGGUUGCACAAGCAGACACCAUAUCACCGACGUCUAGUUUAGACGAUACUACCGUUGGCCGAUUGGGUGCAGCGAGUGAAACGUCUCCCGAUGGAAAGCACAAAUCACAGCAUCAUCAUCAUCACCACAGUCACCAAAUUACCAGUAGUGUUUCUGUAGGUGGCGGAUUUUAUGCGAAAAAGGAAAAACGUGAACGAAGUGCCGAUAGUGCUCGAGCUAAGGAAGUGGCUGAUGAAUUGGAUAAAGAUAUGACUGACUAUCAGAGAAGUUUGAGUGAGGGACGACUGCUGGAUAGCGAAUUCAGCAGAGAUGGAUUAUCACAGAGUCAUGACAGCGUGUUCUCAGAAUCAGCAACAGCUAGCAGUCUGUCAAUAGUUUUAAAGGCUGAACUUGUCGACGCAUUACGAAAACGUCGACCACGGCCAGACACAUCCGACGAAGAUCUUGGACUACCACGCAGCCCCAUCACACCGCAACGCAAGGAAAAUGCUAUCAAUCAGAGUGAAGGCUCUCUGAGUCUGCUGAGCAUGGUCAGUUCGGAUAUGGACGAUGAAUCGUCUGUGGGAUUCGGAAAUUCCGGUGCUGGCGAUACCAGUGUUCAACAAAUUAGUUUCACGUCGAGUAGAUUUUCGUCGCAGAAUACGUCACGCAGUUCGGAUGAAGUAGAUUUGGAUAUGUCGAUAACAUCGAAUGGUUCUCGACUCAGCCAUUCGGCAGCUAGACAUAAGAUGGCUGUUCGGCCUAAUAAGAAGAAAGGACCUACACGACACCGUAAGCCGAAUGAGAGCAAUGUCGCUACCAUUCUUCCAUCAACUCCAGAAGUGAAUGAAGACAUUUUAAGAUCAUCAUUGUUGGAAGUUACAGAUAUUCCAGCUAAACUUAAAUCUCAAUCUCUUCCACCUGGAAUGAAUGCGAAAAUGAUCGAGAAACACUCGACAACAUCCACCAGUACUACAAAAACAGUAACUACCAAGACAAGCCAAACGUCGUCUUCGACUACCGUUUAUGUUAACAAACAUUUGUCGAAAAGUCACGAUUUUGAAGCUCACGAAUCGUCUAGCGAAAAUUCUACACUGGAACGUAAAGAUGAGGACAGCUUCUUCAAACGUUUGCUCAAUCGUAGUACUAAAAAGAAGAAGAAUGUCGACGAGAUAGACGAUAGCGCCGCGUUCAUCGAUACUGAAAUAAAGCGUAUUGAUAGCAGGGGUGGCUAUACGCAAAAAGGUCCCGAAGUGCAUGUGAUUGAUUUGACUGCAACGAAUAAAACGUCGUUCAAAGCAGACAUAAAAGAAAAUCUGACAAAGAGAGAGGAAACGAUCUCUCAGACAAAACUGCUAGUUGAAACAAAACCAUUCGAAAGUACGUCUACCGCAGCUGGUUCAGUUCUGAACACGUACCUUUCCAAUGAACCACCGGAAAAGCCAAUAAAGCCGAUUGUUAAAAGUGAUAAACCGCGAUCAGGACCAGCUGCGAGACAGCGUGUACUUCCACAAGAAAUCUCUGUCUCACCGACACCUGAAGCAACAUUACCUUCCAUUAAAGUGGAAGCACAGACAGAAGAACCAGCGAGUGAAAAAUUGCCACCCAAAUCACCGAAGAAGUCACCAUCCAUUGACGAUCCUAAAUCGUUCCGUUAUUCACCGAAAUCAGCUCAUAAAUUUGCGUCGAGUGGAACAAGCGAAACAAAAGUUGACGAAGAACCAACGGUGAUUGUACGUGAAAGUAAAUUCAUUAAAUUAUCUCAGCAACGGAGUGAAGAGAGUUCAAUGCAAACGGCAAUCAGGUUCAAGAAAUUCUCUAGCGAAGACGUUUCGACGUCUCCACCCAAAAGUGUUUGGCCUGAAGAACUGAAAGUUCGCAGUUCGAGAGUGUCGGGCAUUUUAUCGAAAAUUGACGCAAAAUGUGAUCCUCAAUCACCGAAACGAAAAGCUGUUGAAAAGUCCAAAAGCUUCAGGAUUUACAAAGAAGAUUCCGUGGACAAUCUGCAAAAUUCCAUGCCGAGUCUGCCAGAUUUGACUUUAGCCAGACAAUUCGAGAAGCCCAAAUUUCUCGGAGUGAAGCCUGCGUUUAUAUCCACAAGUCGUGAAUUCGUAAAAGGCAGCCAAGAAUUCUCCAGCAAUAGUAGCCUCAAGUUUGAAAUCAAUGACAACAAUUUGAUACGACCGAAAGACGAGGUGAAUCCGGGUAUGUUCAAGAAAAACAUAAUUUUGACGACAAAAUCGCCGACCACAAUUCCUACGGUAGGAAAUCAAAAUAUUACCCAAAUCGAGGACAACAUUGACAAAAUAAUGAAAUCGUCCUUCGUCACUGUGCUAAAGAAAUCAUCGACCAAUGACCUGUUUGAGAUCAAGAACAAAAACAACGUGUCAGUGACUGCAAUCACUACCAGCCCGACACAUGAUGUUAUUAGAAAUUCGAUCGCUGAAUCCUGGACAGAUAGAGAUACAUCCAGUUCAACGUCGUCACCAUCGACACCUUCCUCACCGUCAAGCAAAACUAAACUUUCACCAGACACAAGUGGCGAAGGCAAGGUGCCUGAAUUUAUGAAAAUCCAAUUGAAUCGAAUCGACGCUGCGCGACCGAAAAGCAGUCAUGUUGUUCUAUCAAAGAAUGCCAAAGAAGCAGAUGCGGUUGAAGCUAAGGAACGAAGAUUUAGCAACGAAAGUGUCGAGAUUGCAGAGACCAAACCAGCAACAUCACCAACGACCGUUGCCCCACAACAUCCACAAUUCAACAAACAAAGUUCGUUAACUAAAUCGACGGAAAGUGUUUCGAACUUUGCUCCGUUAUCACCAAUCAAAAGAACAUUCGAGCGAACUACGUCCUCAUCGUCAAUGUCGGAUGCGGUGAAAAAUGCCAAAUCAGCGGUUAAUGAAAAUGUUGUCAUCGAGCGGCGGAAGUCGGUAUCCGACGAAAAACUGAAGUUCGAAAAGAAAAUCGAGGAAUUGAAAGCGGAGCGAAAACGAUCGAUUUCGGAUGAGGGUAAAUCGGAACAGCUGCAAAAGUCCAUGGACGAUGAAAAUGUGGUUGUUCUUCGAAAGAAAUCGUUGUCACAGUCGAACAACAAUAAAGAAGAUACCCCGGAAUUGAUGAAAGUAUUCGCUCGAAGAUCGUUAAAAGUCAAAGAUGAAGACUUCCAAGUGCACGAUGAACUCGAAAAAGUUAGCACAAAGCCAAUUGCGGACAAAGCUGGAUCGAAUCUUGACAGCGACAAAGAAAAUCAGUCCUCUAGCGAAGAGAAAUUGGACAAACUGCCGAAGGCAGAGGCGCAAAGCAAACCGGAAGAGAAAUCUAAGAAGGAAACCGGAAUAUCUGGUGCCGAUUUCCGUAAGUCGAAUAUAAUAACACCGAAACCAUUUAUGAUGCCCAGCCGGUUCGGAAAUGUGAACAACUAUCGGAAUACGUCAACAUUCUCGGAGAUCCGUAAAACUGCUAUUCCUUCUCCACCAUCAGCAGCGACUGUAAACACUCCAUCAGAACAAAAUAACAAUGAAAACGGCGGAAGUCUUAACAACAAUCGACAUACAAUUAGCGUGGUCGCUGAAAAGUUAAGUGCCGAGAACAGUGAGAAGGGUGAAUUUAAGGGGAUCUUACAGAGAAGAGCUGAAUGGGAGAAAAGGGCUCAGGCAUUCAAGUAAGAUAGGGCCAGACGAGCGUGUAUUUUGAAGAAGUCGAUUUUUUCUUAUUUUCUAUUUCGGUCGUGCCAACUUUUAUUUUUUGUUUUUCAAAGCCGUUAAGUGUUCAAAUAAAAAAAGACGUCUUCUCAUUGAUGAACUAAAAAAAACUACAAGAUUACUUGAGCCAUCCAUCGUAUAAUUUGUAAAUAUUUUGGCUUAUCAGUUCAAUAACUUCCAGUAUUUAAAGACGAUAGACAUUCUUAUCGACAACAUUUUUCAGACUCUUUGUAGUUGAUUUUACGAUUCCCACUCGCCGGAAAUUGUCUAAAUGAUUCCCAGGCUUUAAAGUUCAAUUAAACACGGUUCUGCUGAACGCCUUGGCGCGUUUCUGUCUAAUUGUCGAAUUAACGAGAUCUCACUCGCAUAUCAUUAUCCUGUAAGGCCUGUGAAACCUGUGCCAUACACUAAAUAAGACGACAAAUGUUUGUCCGGGCACUUCUUCUAGGAGGGCUAUCACCAGUGCUUAUCUCAGUCAAUUAAGGCACAUUUGGGAGCAAAAGUGGUGACAUAAGAAAAGGUCGAGAAAGGUAUUGUUGCCGAAUGAAUUUUGAAAUUGGAAAAUUUUUUGAUGAAUUUCAUGGCGUUGGCGUUGAUAAGUUUAAAAGUCAGAACUUGAAAUUGUAAGGUCACGACAGACUCUUGGAUUAGAAUUUUUUUCAAUUUCAUUCUUUAUGUGGCGUGGCACUUAUACCUUCACUUUGAUUACUAUCUGGUUUCUUACUGACACACGGCCAUUUAAGACUUCCUAGGGCCGAAGAACAAAAAUGGCCAGAACAAACAUUUUUCGUCUUGGGUAAAUUUGUAAUCGGUUUCAAGUCUCGACCUUAUGAAAGGCUGAUUUACAAGUGGGUAUGUACUUCGUCAAAGCGAUGGUCUAUAUGUCUAUCCCAGAAAUUAGACAGAGCCAAGGCCAGUCAAAUCUAAAUGUUCAAUUGUACUUUUCAUUGACAUUGUAGUGAUGGAACAAUAGAUUGAUGGAAUGUUCGCAAAAAUGCCAUCCCUUUUUUCUGUUUUUAAGUCACCGUAGAGUAGAUGCCCAAAAAUACUCUAAAUCGUAAGGAAUUGCUACACAAACACACACACUCUAUCAUCGUAUUUUUAAGAUUUACUUAGUAAAUGCUCAUAAGUUUACAAGAACAAAUCGGAAAAUCAACAUCGAUCAGCUCUGCCAUUCUCUCAUGCACUCUUUCUUAUGAUUGCAGUAGAUGGAAUUUUCGUCACAGCAAAAGGCAAUUUCUGUUGCUAAAUUUCUUUUACACAAAACAGAUACGUACGUACACCUAAAUACACAUAAAAUAAACUUUUUAAAUAAAUAAAAUUCGCUUUGUGUUGUAUGUAUUAUCCAUUUACUCUUAAAAACUUUAGUUUUCUUAUUUUAAUUUUAAGACUGAAACUUAAAACCAUACAAUUUACGAUGUAUAAAAAUUGCAAACAGAUUAAAUUUAGUAGAACUCUUGUAGCUAUAAAUUCGGAUUAAUACAACAACAAAAUGAUGAUGAUUAUGAUGAUGAUGAUGAUGAUGAUGAUGAAUAUAGAUCAAUGUAUAUUUUUUAUAUCUAGUUGACAAGUAAUAAAAAAAAACAAAAAAUGAAAAGUUAAUCAGUUGAGGGUAAUGAAAAAAGUGCUUUUUUGCGUGAAAACCUAUUAUUAUACAACAUAAAUAUAUCGAUUCCAUGAUAUCAACACUAUAUACAAUCAAAUUCACAUUAUAAAAAUGAAACUAAAAUCAACAAAAGAAAAGUGGACAAAAAAAUCUAAAAUUUACUUAGCCAGAAACUAUGUCAUAGCGGAACUCUCUUUACAUCCGAGUGAAUUUUAUUUACAAGUGGAAAACGUAGUACUUCAAAUGACCCAGCAACGAAUUCAUUUUACACAAGGAGUCAAUUUUCGUUCAAGUGCUUAAUUCUCGAAACAUUUUCAAAUUAGCUGCUUUCCAAGAGGAAAUUUUCAUUCCUUUAACGUUCAAUUUUCCUUUGUAAAAACUACUUCUUAGAAAUAUAUUAAAUUAUCCAGUUUUACGUGCAAUUUUGUAAUACAAUGAGAGUGUACCUGUUAAAAAACAAUUCAACUCAAACUGUGAGCAGAGAAUUUUACUCAUGAAACGGUAGACGGAUCGUGAUGCAAUUAUCUGUUACUCAUUUCGUUCACAAUAUCGCUUAAUGAUUGUUACAAAAUCUUUUUCUUCAUUCGUUUGGACGUUUGGUAUUCAUUUCGCUGUAUAAGGUUAAGUCUUUUGCUCACAUAGAACUUGAGAUAGAAAAAAAAAGAUUGUUGCCAAUCUGAAUAGGUGUAUACAUAACGUACAUAGAAUGAGUAAGAUUCAAUAAUACAGCGUAGAUUUGACGAUUCCUCUAAGAUACAAAUACAGUGAGGCGCAACUUGAUUUUUUUUUUUCAAAACGUUUUCUCUAUGUUUUAAAUCUUCCCAAAUCAUCGAGAACUCUUGACAGAAAUAUGAGUCCAGCCAGUACUAAAGUAAGUAGUUCUAUUCUAUGCUAUUUUGUGGUGGUACAAAAUCCCAUGAAUCGGAUUGAAAUGGUGUAAAAUGAAACGACUGUAAAAUGAAAUUUUUUGAGGGUUUGAAGAUUAGAAAGUUUGACUGCAAUAAAUGUCAACCGAAUGACUAAUUAAACGGUUUUACCAGCCGUGGUAUACUCAUGUACUCAAUCACAUUGUCCAUAUGGUUAUACUACUACCAGUGCGACUAUAGUACCCGUGGUUUUAAGACGUAUGAAUCAUGUGCAAAUAACAGUAAAUUUUCCUUCUGUAAGACAGAUACUACCAUCCGAUUGGUUCAAGCUCCCUCAAAUAAGGAAAAUGACAAUGUUUGAUUAGCUAGUUUAUUCUCUUUUUCUCGCUGCGCCUGUCUCAUGAGCAGAGUGGGUGAUUGGAUCAUCUGAUAAAAACAGCUGAAGCAAGCUUAUAGACACAAAUUUGGUUGACAUUAACCACUAUAUUUACUCUAAUCUACGGAAUGUAAAAUUAUUCACUCGGAAUCAAUAAAAUUAUACGAAAUACAAAAAUGUCUAAUCCUUUAAUAGAUUACUAAACUAAUAAUAGAAACUUUCCCAAAUAAACCAUAAACGAUGCACCUAAUAAACUAAAUAUUAAAAACAAUUUUGUGUGUUAGUAAAAUGAAAAAUUGUUAGGAAUUUAUAAAAUUCUAUAAAAAAAAUGAAAAAAAUAUUAAACGUAAAAUUACCUGCUGAAGUUGAUUAGUUAAGGACAAAAGUUGAACUUAAAAAAACAAAAGAAAAGGAAACAAGAAGUAAGAUCGCGCGAUAUUUUUAGAUAGAAAGAUAACAAAAAAAAGCUUGAUAUUUCUAUUAAUAAAUGAAUUUGAACGUUAAAAAAGCAAAAAAGAAU